AUGGCUGAGAUUGAGGCUCCUCCAAUAUCCCGCAGAAUGCAUGAUAUGACAGACCAAGUUGUCCUUCUAACAGGAAUCGGCUGUGUCGGGACUGGCUGGGGAAAUGGCGUGGCGAUUGCAACUCUCUUUGCCCGGCAGGGAGCAAUCAUCUUUGGGUGUGACAUAAAUAUAUCUGCGGCCGAAACUACCAAAUCGCAAAUUCUUAUGGAAAACCCUAAGACCAAUAUUACCGUCAUGGAAGCAGACUGUACAUCCUCCCCGUCCAUGAAGUCAUUCGUGGACGCCUGUAUGAAUAAAUAUGGACGGAUAGACAUCUUGAUCAACAACGUCGGGAGAAGUGAGCCCGGUGACCCUGCAUCAACAAAUGAAGAUCUUUGGGAUUCUCAGAUGGACGUCAAUCUCAAGUCGGUUUACCUGACUUGCCAUCUUGUCCUACCCAUCAUGGCUACUCAACCAACGGGUGGAAAUAUCGUCAACAUCAGCUCGGUGUCUGGACUCCGCUAUGUCGGCAAACCCCAAGUGGCCUAUUCAACCACCAAAGCAGCAAUUCUCUCAUUCACACGAACUACUGCUGUAAUAUACGCCGACAAAGGCGUGAGGUUGAACUCGGUUGUCCCUGGUCUGAUCAAUACGCCAUUGGUUCGGAUGCUAGCAAACGAAUACGCAGAUGGUGAUUAUGAAGGAUAUUGCAAAGUAAGGGAUGCACAGGUGCCGAUGGGUAAGAUGGGUAGUGCAUGGGAUGUUGCGAAUGCGGUACUGUUUCUAGCUAGCAAGGAGGCGGGCUACAUCACAGGGACGGAGAUCAUUGUUGACGGUGGUCUCUCUCAGAGCACAGGUAGGGCAUGA